CUAAAAGUACAAUACUGUGCAGUAACGCAAGGCGGAUCAUAAAUUACUGAGGGAAGUCCUUGGCCCGAGGCAAGUGUUUAGGCGAAGGAGGGGCGGCGACGGGCGUAUAGCAGCAGGAAUGUGUCUACUGUUGAUGCAAUGAACAGCUUAGGAGCCAGAGUAACAUAAAAAAUAAGGAAAGCUAGUCAUCAUGCAUAAACAAGAGGAUAUUGGCUUUUCACCCACUUACCCUGCUGGGGGACAGUACCCACCACCAGGCCAGUACCCACCACCAGGGCAGUACCCACCUCCUGGCCAGUACCCACCUCCUGGCCAGUACCCCCCACCAGACCAGUACCCAUCCCCAGGCCAGUACCCAUCCCCAGGCCAGUACCCUCCGCCAGGCCAGCCGGGUGCUUAUGGCCAGCCUGCUCCUGGAUAUGGAGGGCCACCAGUACCACCAGGUGGCAUGCCACAGGGUGGAUAUGGACCUCCUCCAGGUCAGUAUGGUUAUGGGCCAGCCCCAGGACAGUAUGGUCAACAACAACCGGGCCAGCCAGCAGCUGGUGGAGGAUGGAUGCCUGCCCCCACUGUCGCAAACUGUCCACCAGGCCUUGAGUACCUCACCCAGAUUGACCAGCUGCUGGUGAAACAACAAGUGGAGUUGCUGGAAGCCUUCACUGGAUUUGAGACUGCCAACAAGUACAAGGUGCAAAACUCAAUGGGUCAGAAAAUCUACUUUGCGGCUGAGGACACAGACUGCUGCACAAGGAACUGCUGCGGUCCCCUACGCCCAUUUGACAUGAAGAUCCUCGACAACUCACAAAAUGAAGUCAUCCACCUCAAUCGCCCCCUUGCUUGCACCUCUUGCUGCUUCCCAUGCUGUCUACAGAGCAUUGAGGUGUCAUCACCUCCAGGUACAGUCAUUGGCACUGUCAAACAAGAGUGGAGUAUUUGUGCACCUAAGUUUACAGUGCGCAAUUCGUCUGAUGAUGUCAUCUUGAGGAUUGAGGGACCUGUCUGCACUUGGAGCAUCUGUGGAGAUGUGGAAUUCCAGGUUCUGUCAGCUGAUGGAGAUGUACAGGUGGGCAAAAUCAGCAAGCAGUGGAGUGGCUUGGUAAAGGAAGCAUUCACUGACACUGACAACUUUGGCAUUUCCUUCCCAGUUGACCUGGAUGUCAAAAUGAAGGCCACUUUGUUGGGUGCUGUGUUCCUCAUUGACUUCAUGUUCUUUGAGAAGCAAGGCAACAAGGAGAAUGACAGCGUUGGGAUGUUCUAAUCCAGAAUGCAGGACAUGUGAGAAUCACAACAGCAUGGGUAAUAAGAUGGAUGCUCUAAGUAUGAGAACAGGAUUUUAAGGAGCUGCUGUUUGGAAUCAGUGUUAGAUGCCAUCAAGGAAUCACAGCCUCCCUGGGGUCACACAUGCUUUUGCUGGUGUUAGUUUGUGCGGAGAGAGCAUCCCAUUGUAACUCAGUUUUGCAUGGUGACAUUGAUUCAGGAAAUGCAUGUCACUGAUCCACAUUAUAUUUUGCCAUAUUUUCAUGUGGUUUCUUUUUUAUUCUGCAUGAUUGAUACACUGCCCUUCAUGUAUACUAGUAGUGUGCUUUUAGAUACUCAUUUUGGUUGUAAACAUGUAUUGAGGAAUACCUCUUGAAAUUUUAGAUUCCAAGCUCUAUUCAGUGGAUAACAUGGUCUUUUCUUGCUGAAGUUAUCCUUUGAAUGUGACCUCUGAAAGUCAUAUUAUAUGUUGUCCACAUCACACAAGCAUCAGGCCGUUAUAUUUUCUCCUCUCUCUCUCUCUCUCUCUCUCUCUCUCUCUCUCUCUCUCUCUCUCUCUCUCUCUCUCUCUCUCUCUCUCUCUCUCUCUCUCUCUCUCUCUCUCUCUCUCUCUCUCUCUCUCUCUCUCUCUCUCUCUAAGUCACCCUCGUAACUCACUUAUUUGUAUGUGUCAUUACUUCAUACUUCAUGGCAUUUAUAUGGUGAUGUUUUUAUGAUUAGGUCUUAGAUUCAUUCAAGUAAACAUUUUAAUAUGUGUGGGAUUCUGAUGUAGUCAUGACAGCAGAAAAUGUUGCUUGAUGAAUUCAAAGGACUCGAAGAAAGAGAUCAGCUCAUCAUCGUUCCUGACGGAGAAUAUGGCAGGAGACCACAGGCAACAUCUCAUGAUUUACAGAAUGAUCCAGGGGAAAUUCUCUCUCUCUCUCUCUCUCUCUCUCUCUCUCUCUCUCUCUCUCUCUCUCUCUCUCUCUCUCUCUCUCUCUCUCUCUCUCUCUCUCUCUCUCUCUCUCUCUCUCUCUCUCUCUCUCUCUCUCUCUCUCUCUCACACACAAGCAUCAGGCCAUUAUAUUCUCUCUCUCUCUCUCUCUCUCUCUCUCUCUCUCUCUCUCUCUCUCUCUCUCUCUCUCUCUCUCUCUCUCUCUCUCUCUCUCUCUCUCUCUCUCUCUCUCUCUCUCUCUCUCUCUCUCUCUCUCUCUCUCUCUCUCUCUCUCUCUCUCUCUCUCUCUCUCUCUCUCUCUCUCUCUCUCUCUCUCUCUCUCUCUCUCUCUCUCUCACACAAGCAUCAGGCCAUUAUAUUCUCUCUCUCUCUCUCUCUCUCUCUCUCUCUCUCUCUCUCUCUCUCUCUCUCUCUCUCUCUCUCUCUCUCUCUCUCUCUCUCUCUCUCUCUCUCUCUCUCUCUCUCUCUCUCUCUCUCUCUCUCUCUCUCUCUCUCUCUCUCUCUAAGACUUAAAUAGUCAUAUUAUUAUACAUUCAGAUUUUGCCUUUGCAAAUGUGCUUGCUCAUUGACAGCACUGGAGUUAAUGAUGUGUCACAAAGUAAUAGUUUUGUUGAAAAUUAAAUGAAGCAUACGAAGCCUGAGCGUUACAUGAAGGCUAACCUCAAUCAACCUUUGCAACUUUCAUUCCUUAACUCAGCUUUCAUUGCUGUAUUGGGGUUUAUUUGAAAUUUUCUCAGGAUCCACUAGCAAUGAUGAGCUACUGCCUGUAUUUCCCCAUUGUAUUGCAUUUUUAUAUGUAGUAAAACCAGGCAAAAUACUUACUCAGGCCAAUUAUUGUGAGCUAGGUCUGGCCUUUCAAAAUGUUAUGAAGGAAAAGGAAACUGUAGACACAAAUAGAAGCUCACAAAGUGCCUGUGUACAUGAGCUGACCAUAAACUUCUAAAUGUUAGUGGGAGUCAGUCAUUAGUGAUAUGUUCUGUGCAUUUUUCUUGUUGCAGGUUCUGUUUUACAAAAACUUACAUGAGAGUAUAAGAUCAGGUCAAACAAUAUUCUCUAUUGCUUUCUACAUUCUAAACCAUCUUUAAUUUUGAUAGAGCCAUAGACAAAAGCUAAUGAAUGGAUACCUUCCCAGCAUUUCAUGAUCUUCCUCUUUAAUUCAUAAGGAAGGCACAAAAGAUUUAAUAUAUGAUUUAUAGAAAUUUUGUUUCUCUUAUGAAAUACUUUUUCCAGUUUAUCCCACUCUAUCAGAAUAGGUGACAACUUUCCAGGUUUUGUGGUGUUACAAGCAUAAUCUUAGUAUUCAGGUAAAUAACUUCUUGAUAAAGAAAAAAAAAUUAUUGUCCAGCAUUAUAGAAUUGCCUUGGAUUAUUCAUGCAUUCAUGAUCACCUUAAAAGUGUAGCUUGUGGGGACUUUUCUUUUUACCUGUUAGAUAACAUGAUACAAGGGAUUUAAGCUUGAUCAAAUUAGACACAAAGACUGCCCCAGUACACAGAGAAACUUUCCCUAGCAUGGCACCAUACUGUAGGAAGCACUUUAGGUCUUUUGUUAUGUAAUGUGCUAGGUGCAUGAUUAAAAAUUGCUGUCAUUAAGGUACUUAAAUAAUCUUUGAAAAGGCAUAAAGUAUGAUCUGUUGAAAUCUUUCACAUUGAAAAUGGACAAUAAUUUGUGCUGUGUAAAAUGGCAAGUACGAAUUUUAAGGCCUUUGAAAGAGUGUAAUGCUUGAAUAUGAAUAUUAUUCUUUUAUUUUUUUAUUUUUAUAAAGAACAACACAUUUUUAUUGCAAUGACAUUUUGCUUUCAAUAGUUCAGAAAGAGUACUUAAGUUACUAUAAGCCUUUGGUAUAAAAGCCAGCAAUGGCCAGUUGUUUCAUAUAGACAAGUAAGUAAUAGCUAAGUGUUGAGGUGAAUGGCUUGAGGAGCUACAUGUUAUCAGAGUGGAGGUGUUAGAGGUCUGUCCUUGUUGACUGUUUACUGUAAUCAAGAGAAGUGGCUGAUGAGGAACUUUGUAUUUUCUUUUUGCAUGUUGAGAAUUUGUAUAAUUUUUGUAAGGAUUAACUUGAAACUUGUUGCAUUAUAAGUAAGUAAUUAUUAAUAAUUACUGAUAAGUUGUCACCAGAGAAGCACAUAAACAAGACUACAGGCAAAACAUAUAACCUACUGGGGAACAUAAGGAUAGCAUUUACAUACCUGGAUGAAGAAAUUAUAAAAAAUUGAUUGUGACCAUGAUACGCCAAGAUUGGAAUAUAUAGCUGUGGUAUGGUCACCUGGCAUCAAGAAACCUAUAAGAAAACUAGAAGGGAAACAAAGAGAAACAACAAAGCUACCUCCAGGUUUGAAGGAACUACCUCACAAAGAAAGAUUGACAAAAUUGGAUCUUAUAACAUUAGAGCAGAGAAGAGAGAGAGAGAGAGGUGAUUUAAUCACAUUGUACAGAGUGAUGACUGGAAUGGAAAAGCUGGAUAGGGAGGAGUUGGUGACAUGGGAUAUAAGAGUCUUGAGAGGACAUGGAAGAAAACUGAAAAAGAACGCUUGUAGGAGAGAUGUUUUAAGAGAAAAACUGGUCUGAAAUUAUUUGCACAGAGAAGUCAUUGAUGCAAAUAUGAUAAACAAAUUUAAGACAGGGUUAGAUAAAAAUAGAUAUGUAGAUGGGACAGCAUGAACAUAGCUCUUUCCCUGCAUGUCACAACUAGGUAAAUGCACACACACACAGACACAUAUAGAGGCAGACUGCACCAGACAACUGGGAAUUAUGACAGGUAGUGGAUCAGACAGGAGAGAAAUGUGACAUGCAGAGGAAUGUCAAAUGGUUUCAGUGCACUAUUAUAACAUACGUACUUAACAUGUGAGAUGUUACCCAUCAAACAUGUCGGCAUUAUUUUAAAAUACUUAGAAAUAUAACUUUUCAGUAUCACACUCACCAGGUGUACAAUUUUGUCAAGAUCUCAGGAAAAGAUCAUUCUAUUUUGUUCAGAAUUAAUGGCCAGUUAUUUUUGCCUAUUUAUCAAGCUUUUCUUUAAACUGUAGCUUUGAAUAUUAGUGCCAUAUGAUGAAUAUCCUUCAUGCAUUAGCUUUGGCAGUGGCACAUAUCUCAUUAACUAAUUGCCUGCAUUGCAAAUACAUACAUAUAUGCUUUUCAUAGAUUAAUGUGCAAUAUGGUAAGGUAUUCUAAACUGUUUGAGUGGAGUGGAAUGGCAACCACAAACAGAAGUUUCAAGUUUGUACUUAGUCUGAGGUUAUUUAAGCUUGCCGGCAUUCCAUUUUAUAGUGAGGGAGAUGAAAGAACCUUUCUUGUUGUAUCAAAUUAAACAGCUCAGUGAUGUAAGAGUUAAUGUGCUUGGUUCAUACUUGAUAUGAGCUAGUAUAAGAUAAACUGAGUUUUUCUCCUUUCAUGCCAUAGCCCAUUUUAAGCAAAAAGUCAGUGUAAGAAAUAAGCCAAGGAGUUUUGAACUUACAAACCAACAGGGACAGAAGACUGUAAAAUGUAGUAAUCCUGGCCCUCUGUGCAUGUGAAUAUACUUGUUACAAGAGACUAACAGUAAUAUUAUUCUUAAGGGAUAAAGGAAUGGUAUAUAAAUCAUAUAUAAUAAAGAAUUCUUUGAAAUAACUAAAGUCAGAUUCAUAUAAUUAUUUAGAAAGCUCUUGCUGUCAUGUCUAAAUUUGCAGCAUAAAGAAAACUUGUGAUUUCAUGAACAGACCAUUGCUGGAAAAAAUGCUUGCAUAGUUUUCACUAAAUGUAUAAAAAAAAAGAAAGAACAAGACCAUGACACUUGUAGAUAUUGCAGAAAUCAUCUGGAUCAAUGCAUGGAACUUACUGUUGUAAAACUUGUGUGAAUGUAAUUACUCUUGUAAUCAGUUUCUGAUUACACUGAGCUUGAUGUGACUAAUAAUUUACUUUAUUUCUCAGAUGUUCAUGUUUUAAUGCUACAUUUAUUUUGCAGACCCUGUAGAGGUCAGUGUUACACAGGAACACAUCUGACACAUGCUUAAUUUUUCACUGUCAACACUACUGGUUCUGCUGAGGAUAAAGUGUGGUGUAGAGAGUAAUACAGCUUUCCAGAGCACAAUUUAACACAAGAACACAUACAUGUACACACUGUUUACCACUCACACUCCUGCUGCAAACAAAGUGCAGUGCAGAGAUGGCUGUUUUUUACUACUAUAAAAUUCUGACUCAAAUGUUCGUGAAGGAAGUUUAGUUUUGAGCUUUUAUCUCUAUAUUAGACAUACCCUAGCUUUGAAAUUGUUAUUAAUCCCAAAAACUGUCUUAUAAGGUGAGAUAUAUAGUAAUACAUGCAUAGUUGUUCAGCAUUUAAUUUAAGUCCCAGAGCACAAUAGUAAAGUGCAUUCUGGUAGAGCACAUGACUUGGCUUCCAUUAGGUAUAUUAUAGUGUGACUUUGUGGCAAAGUCACUCUACACGUACGUCCAUGCCUUGUUACUCCACGUGUACAAAAUAAAAAUCUGUGUAUACAUUUUGGCUCAAGGCUCAGGUGCACACAAAGCCUUGCAAGGAGUAAUGAUGUUGGGUGACUGGUGGAAAAUGGAUGGCCAGAGGCUUUUUUUUUUUUUAAGCUUUGACAUCCUUUAAGCUUACUGCUGGGAAAGUGCCUGGGACUGAGGCACCAUAAAUAAAUACCAGGAACAUUGCUUCAGUAAAGCAUAUGUGGUUAUUCAGUGAACUGUGAAGGAUCAGUGGACCAGCUGAAAGAGGAAAUAACAAACCAUAAUUGCUGUUAUUCAUAACAUUGGAAUAUUAUGACAGUUCCAUCCUGACCCUCAAGUUACUCCUUGGUGGUGGCAUUGGAGUGGGUCACAACAGCUAGGGAGUAGUGACUGUGGCAAACUGUAUCAUUGAGUUAUGGUCUAGUUUAUGAUACUUACAGAUUGCCAUGUGUUUGUUUGGUUUUGAUAUGAUGGCAAUGUACAGAAUUUUGUUUUGAGAUAGAACAGUAGUCAGUGCAUUCAAAUUAUGGAAGAAUUUUCCAUUGCACUGUAACGUCUAUUUUUAUUUUAUAUAUUUAUCAGAAAAAAAUUUCAUUACUACUUAAAAGUAUUGGUGCUUUGGAUAUGCUGUAUUCUGUAUGUAUAGUAUUGACUAUUGGCAAAGUAGAUUAUCUCUGCAUGAAAUAUAAAAAAUAUAUACACAUAUAUAAUAGUAUAUUUAUAUAUUUUCUUAUUUUUAUCAAAUAUAGUAGUAGAGCAACAUAUUAGCUUAUUGAAUAUAAUAUAGAGUGAGAGAAAAGUAUAACCUACAUGUAUGUAAAACCAAUAGCUCAUUUAUAUUACCAUUGCAUAAGUUUUCUUUGUGUUAAACAACAGCAGGUCACCUUUUGCCUAUCCAUAUCUUUACCUGAGGCACUGAGGCACAGCUACACUACCUCACCUAUGCACCUGUGCACCACAUUUCAGAGCUGCAGGGUGGGUGCUCUGGAAAGACACUGUAGGAAGCUUAGAAGGGAUGUUGUCAUAGUUGUGAUAAUAUUCUAAAAAUAUACCACCUUGGUGCAUGUAGAGGUUGUGGAUUCCAAUGGCUGCACAAAGGUAUCUGGUUGUUUUAAUCACAUUUACCAUAUGUUUGUAUUUUGAUGUAAAGGCUGAGAAAAUGUGAUGUGAUGUGAUCCCUUAAUGGCAUCACUAAGAAUAUUAACCCACCAGUUAAUUACAUACAGUAUUUUAGCAUUACCUUUGAAAUGAAUGGCUCUGCUGCCAUUUGUCAUUACUUGUAUUUUAUAUGUACUACUGCAGCUACAGCAGUUAUUGUCAUGAGAAAUCAGUUAAACUUAAAGUUUUCAAAUGUUGGGCCAUGUCAAUAUGUGUGAUGUUUCCCCAGUGCUUCAGCUGGGGCAGAUCACCAUACAGCCGGUGAGGAGGAUGGAGACCUCAGGCGUGCAUGAUACUUGGAAAAGUGAACAAAAAUGUGAAAUUGUGACAUGAUGCCAGAGUUAAAUUAAUUACUCCAAAUUAUUUAAGUUCAGUUGUCCAGCAGGUCUGUGGCCCCAUUUCCUGUUUAGUGUAAACAUCAAGGUAUUAUUAUUAUAAUCACUGUAUAUUUAAUUUGUAUUGUAAUUCACUGGACCAUUAGGUCUCUAUCUUAUUUUUAUGAUUAUUUGUUAAUAAUUUUCCAAGUGGAUGUCAUGUUAUCAUAAUUUCUCACAAAAAUGUAACACAAUAAAGUGUCUUUGAAUUAUA